UGCUGACAACUGGCGCGAAGUGAGGUGGCUCGCGGAGCGCGGAAUGUGGAGGCGGCGCGGGGAGUUUGGACCCCGGUUCCGCCGGCUCCGAGCCUAAGAGAGAGGAAAGAAAGGAUAGAACAAAGAGGUCCAAAGUAAUUGCAAAAUACUCUUGGGAACUAAAUGUUGAAUGCCCCAGUGGGUCUCCAUUGCCCGAUAGGAAUCAUUGCCCAAGUCCAUGGCACAAAUAGAUCAUGGCUGCUGUUCCUCAAAAUAAUCUACAGGAACAACUGGAACGUCAUUCAGCCAGAAAACUUGACAAUAAAUUAAGUCUGUCGAAAACAAAACCUUUUGCUUACACUUUCAAGAAGAAAAUAUCUUCAGCCAACAACGUGUGUGUGGCCAGUGUGUCAGUAGCAAGGACACCUGCGUUAAGUGAUAAAGAUGUGAAUGUCACUGAGGACCUUUCCUUCAUUGAAACUUCCCCCUAUAAUCAGCUGACAAGGAUCUGUGACUUCAAAAAUGCUGCCACAGGACAGCAGACCAAGAGGAUCGGUUCAAAACCAUUGUUGCCAGACCCGGUGCAGGCUCCGAGGGCAGUUUUACAUACUACCCAGAGCACUCCGAUUGUGAAGGAGUCUCGUGAUGCUACUUUCAAGAAGUUAGAGUUUAGUUCUUCCUCAGACUCUCUUAUUACCAUCAACGACUGGGACGAUAUGGAUGACUUUGAUACUUCUGGGAAUUCAAAAGCAUUUUUUACACCAGUCCGAAAUCACUUCGUAAGAGUAAGCACUGCUCAGAAAUCAAGAAAGCCUAAGAAAAACGUUUUUAAAGCACAGCCUCAUACAGCUGAUUUGACUCCUUCCUCCUCCGAUUGCAAGCAAGUGCCUUUGACUACGGAACGGGAGGCCGACUCCCAACAGUCAAGUAGCGAUGUGAUUUGUAUUGACGACGGCCCUGAUUGUGAGGAGUUUACAAGCAAAGAUACUCAGGAUAGUCCCUCUGUAAAGCUUCAUUUGGGAGAGGAGAAAGAUAAUAGUGAGAAAAAAAACAACUUGGAAGAAACUGAGUUACAUUCAGUUGAGAACUCUCCGUGUGUUGAACUCGAAGAUGAUUACAACACAGAUUUUGUUCCACCUUCUCCAGAAGGGACGACUUCCGCCUCUUCUUCCUCUUUGAAGUGCUUUAGUAUGUUAAAGGAGCCUGACCCCUGUGACAGGAAGACGGACGACCUCACCUCGCCCGAGAACUUGUCCAAACUGGGGGAAAUGCCCGCUUGGCCGUCACCCCGCAGAACCAGCACGCACUGUGACGCGAGACAGAUAAGUUUACAGCAGCAGCUUAUUUGCGCGAUGGUCCACAUCUGUAACUUAGUCGACGCUGUUCCUGAAGACAAACUGAAAGCACUGGACUGUGGGGACGACCUGCUCCAGCAGCGGGACGUGAGAAGAAAGCUUCUAGCUGAAGCGGGUUUUAACCCAGAUGAUGCCAGUGUUCUCGGCUCCGUGUGGAGGCGCUGGCCUGAUGACAUCGUUGGCCCCGCAGCGUACAUGGCGUCUGGUUCCUCACUGUACACCUCCCCAAAGGGCGAUUUCUGCCCUGCAGGGAAUUCAGAUAAAGAGUUCCAUUUUCUCCCCAUUUCCUCAAAUUCCAUUUUGUCUGGGGAAUGUUCAGCGACCACUACCCCAGGAGAGACGGGAUUCUCAGCCACCAAGAAGAAUCUCUUCGAAAGGCCAUCAUUCAGUCCCCGUUUACAGAAGUCCUUUGUAAGUAGCAACUGGGCUGAAACCCCAGGGGCAGAAAAAAGAAACGAGAGCUGUCAUGUCCUCGGAAAUGCACUCACAAGCACCGCUGUGAAAGCUCAUAACCAUCGUGCUGCUUCAAUGGAUGACUCAGAGAGAGAAGUGCAGGCUUCCGGUGAGAUGGAUAAUUUUGACAUCGAGGACUUGGAGGAUGAUGAUGAUGAGUGGGAAAAUAUAAUGCUUAACUUACCAGCCAGCAAACCAUCCACGGCUGCCUAUCAACCUAUUAAAGAAGGUCGGCCUGUUAAAUCAGCGUCAGAAAGGAUCUCCCCAGCCACGGCAAACUCGCUUCCAGCGACAUUCACUGCUCAAAAUAAAAACUUCUCAGAGUCAAUUCACAAUUACCCUGACCAGUCGGUGCAGAAUUUAGCAUCCAGAUAUCCGAAACAUGAGCAUUUCCGGAGUCUUGAUUUUCCUCAUACAAAAGAAAUGAUGAAGAUUUUUCACAAAAAAUUUGGCCUGCAUAAUUUUAGAACUAAUCAGCUAGAGGCGAUCAAUGCUGCGCUGCUCGGCGAAGACUGUUUUAUCUUAAUGCCCACUGGGGGUGGUAAGAGUUUGUGUUACCAGCUCCCCGCCUGUGUGUCUCCUGGGGUCACUAUUGUCAUUUCUCCCUUGAGGUCACUCAUAGUCGAUCAAGUCCAAAAGCUGACUUCAUUGGAUAUUCCAGCUACAUAUCUGACAGGCGAUAAGACUGACUCAGAAGCUACAAGCAUUUACCUCCAAUUAUCAAAAAAAGACCCAAUUAUAAAACUUCUCUAUGUUACUCCAGAGAAGGUCUGUGCAAGCAACAGACUAAUUUCUACUCUGGAGAAUCUGUACGAGAGGAGGCUCUUGGCACGGUUUGUUAUUGACGAAGCACACUGUGUCAGUCAGUGGGGACAUGAUUUCCGUCAAGAUUACAAAAGGAUGAAUAUGCUGCGCCAGAAGUUUCCCUCUGUUCCGGUGAUGGCUCUCACUGCCACAGCUAACCCCAGGGUGCAGAAGGACAUCCUCACUCAGCUGAAGAUUCUCCAUCCUCAAGUGUUUACCAUGAGCUUUAACAGACAUAAUCUGAAAUACUAUGUGUUACCCAAAAAGCCCAAAAAGGUGGCAUACGACUGCUUAGAAUGGAUCAGAAAGCAUCACCCACAUGACUCGGGGAUAAUUUACUGCCUCUCCCGGCGGGAGUGCGACACAAUGGCGGACACCUUGCAGAAGCACGGCCUCGCCGCUCUCGCCUACCACGCGGGGCUCAGUGAUUCUGCCAGAGACGAGGUGCAGCACAAGUGGAUCAACCAGGACGGCUGCCAGGUUAUCUGUGCCACAGUGGCGUUUGGAAUGGGGAUUGACAAGCCCGAUGUGCGAUUUGUGAUCCACGCUUCUCUCCCUAAGUCCGUGGAAGGCUACUACCAGGAAUCCGGCAGAGCUGGAAGGGAUGGGGAGGUAUCUCACUGCCUGCUCUUCUAUACCUAUUACGACGUGACCAGACUGAAGAGGCUGAUACUGAUGGAAAAAGAUGGAAACCAUCAUACAAGAGAGACUCACUUCAAUAACUUGUAUAGUAUGGUACAUUACUGUGAAAAUAUCACAGAAUGCAGGCGAAUACAGCUUUUGGCUUACUUUGGCGAAAUUGGAUUUAAUCCUGGUUUUUGUAAGAAGCACCCAGAUGUUUCUUGCGAUAACUGCUGUAAUACAAAGGCUUAUAAGACACGAGAUGUGACUGACGAUGUAAAAAGUAUUGUAAGAUUUGUUCAAGAACAUAGUUCAUCACAAGGGAUGAGAAAUACAAAACAUGUAGGCCCUUGUGGGAGAUUCACUAUGAAUAUGCUGGUCGACAUUUUCUUGGGGACCAAGAAUGCAAAGAUUCAGUCGGGGAUGUUCGGGAAGGGGUCUGCGUACUCACGGCACAAUGCCGAGAGACUGUUCAAAAAGCUGAUACUGGACAAGAUCCUGGAUGAGGACUUGUUUAUUAACGCUGUUGACCAGCCCAUUGCCUAUGUGAUGCCCGGCAGUAAGGCCCAAACGUUACUGAAUGGGCAUUUAAAGGUAGACUUUAUGGAAACGGAAAAUUCCAGCCAUUUGAAGAAACAAAAAGCCUUAGUGACAAAGACAUCUCAGAGGGAAGAGGUGGUUAAGAAAUGCCUCGGAGAACUUACAGAAGUCUGCAAAUCUCUGGGGAAGGUUUUUGGAGUCCAUUACUUUAACAUCUUUAACACGGCCACUCUCAAGAAGCUUGCAGAAUCUUUAUCUUCUGAUCCUGAGGUUUUGCUUCAAAUUGAUGGUGUCACUGAAGACAAACUGGAAAAAUAUGGUGCAGAAGUGAUUCCAAUAUUACAGAAAUACUCUGAGUGGACGUUGCCAGCCGAGGACCCUUCCCCACGGCCGAGCCCGUGCAGCGGCAGAGGCAGAGGCACUGGGAGAAAUGACUCUGAGGGCUUCGAUGAGGAAACACCUGUGUCUUCUCACUACUUUGCAAAUAAAACCAAAAAUGAAAGAAAGAGGAAAAGGGCACCAGCCUGCCAAAGGACCAAAAGGAGAAAAACUGGUGAUUUCAAGACAAAAGUGGCCUCCACCACAUGCAGAAGGACAUCUUCUAAAACUAAACCCUCCGGCAUAGUUGGGCCGAGGUCAGCUGUGCACAGUUCUCAGGUGGCACCAGGAGCCGGUAGAAAACUGGGGAUUAUGGCCCCACCCAAGCCUGUGAACAGAGCGUUCCUCCGGCCUGUGUACGCACUCUCGUAACAGCCAGACCUCAGGGUACCGAGACCCCGUGUCUUGUUUUUCGUCAUCUGACCAUCUGUGAACAUAAAGUUGUUAGUUUCGUUAUUCCAUUUGUAAUUUUUACCCAUAUCUAUUAAUAUUUAAAUAAAUGCUUGGGGUGACGGUUC